GCUCCCUGAGAUCUGCAAGUCUAGUAGUUAAACUGGGAGGAGCGAAGAAAGAGGGAAGAGUUCAAUUCUCGGUAUCAGAACUUCAAUCAACUGAAUUCGAUAUCAAUCGAAACGAAGUAGACAACAGAUCUCGAGAUCAUCCAAUCUCUCCAUUGAUCUAGGGUUUAAGAAAAUCCCCCCUCCAUUUCCUCUCCGUUCAGCUUCGUUCUUGGCCGAAUUGGAUCCAGCUCUAGGGUUUCAGAUUGACGAAGGAUAAAUUUUCAAUGGACAAGUCCAGUGCUUUGGAGUACAUCAACCAGAUGUUUCCGACCGAAGCAUCAUUAUCUGGCGUUGAACCACUUAUGCAAAAGAUACAGAGCGAGAUUCGACGUGUGGAUGCAGGUAUAUUGGCAGCUGUUCGCCAGCAGAGUAACUCAGGAACAAAGGCCAAGGAAGAUCUUGCCGCUGCAACACGUGCUGUCCAGGAACUAAUGCACAAAAUACAUGAAAUUAAAACGAAGGCUGAACAAAGUGAGACAAUGGUUCAAGAAAUUUGUCGGGACAUUAAGAAACUGGACUUUGCGAAGAAGCACAUAACUACUACCAUUACUGCCCUUCAUCGUCUGACUAUGUUGGUGUCAGCUGUUGAACAACUUCAAAUAAUGGCUUCAAAAAGACAGUAUAAGGAGGCUGCUGCACAAUUGGAGGCAGUAAACCAGCUAUGCAGUCAUUUCGAAGCAUAUAGGGAUGUCCCAAAAAUAAAUGAGAUCAAAGUGAAGUUCAAGAACAUUAAAAAGAUACUCAAAUCUCAUGUAUUUUCAGAUUUCUCAAGCUUAGGAACGGGAAAAGAGACAGAGGAGUCCAAUUUAUUGCAACAGUUAUCAGAUGCUUGUUUGGUUGUUGAUGCACUAGAACCAUCUGUUAGGGAAGAACUAGUGAAAAAUUUUUGUAGUAAGGAACUCACUUCAUAUAAGCAGAUUUUUGAAGGGGCAGAACUAGCAAAAUUGGAUAAAACAGAGAGGAGAUAUGCAUGGAUAAAGAGACGAUUGCGAACUAACGAAGAAAUCUGGAAAAUUUUCCCACCUGCAUGGCAUGUUGACUAUCUGUUAUGUAUCCAGUUUUGCAAACUGACAAGGACACAAAUUGUGGAUAUCCUCAACAGUCUCAAGGAAAAGCCAGAUGUAGGAACAUUACUGAUGGCACUGCAGAGGACUCUUGAAUUUGAGGAAGAAUUGGCGGAGAAAUUUGGUGGGGGAACCAUAAACUCUCGAAAUACAGAGUUUGGAAGUGAUUUAGAAGCAGCAGAUGAGGAAAAGAAUAACAACCAAAUCGUCUCAGAUAUCCGAAGAAAGUAUGAAAAAAAGUUUGCUGGGCAGCAGGGUGGAAAUGAGCAAGAAAAGGACAAGCAUAAGGAUUUGUUAGCGACUGGUGCUGGGUUCAACUUCCGUGGCAUCAUUUCAUCAUGUUUUGAACCCCAUUUGGCUGUGUAUGUUGAACUGGAGGAGAAAACCCUUAUGGAGCAUUUGGAGAAGCUGGUGCAGGAAGAAACCUGGGAGACUGAAGAGGGAAGCCAGACAAAUAUUUUGUCAAGCAGUAUGCAGGUAUUCUUGAUAAUCAGGAGAAGCUUAAAGAGGUGUAGUGCAUUGACGAAGAAUCAAACUCUGUUUAGUUUGUUUGAGGUGUUUAAAAGAAUCCUCAAAGCAUACGCAACAAAACUUUAUUCUCGAUUACCCAAGGGGGGUACAGGGCUCGUUGCAGCUGCUACUGGUACAGAUGGGCAAAUCAAGACAUCUGACAGGGAUGAAAGAAUGAUAUGCUACAUUGUGAAUACUGCAGAAUAUUGCCACCAGACGUCUGGUGAAUUAGCUGAAAAUGUUUCAAAGAUCAUCGACUCACAAUUUGCGGAUAAGGUGGAUAUGUCAGAUGUUCAGGAUGAGUUCUCGGCUGUUAUCACAAAAGCAUUGUUGACAUUAGUGCACGGUAUUGAAACCAAGUUUGAUGCUGAGAUGAUUGCAAUGACACGUGUUCCAUGGGCUACUCUUGAAAGCGUCGGCGACCAGUCAGAGUAUGUCAAUGGCAUUAAUUCAAUACUUUCCAGCAGCAUUCCGGUUUUUGGAAGUCUACUUUCUCCUACCUACUUCCAGUUUUUCCUUGACAAGCUCGCAGCAUCUCUUGGCCCUCGGUUCUAUCUUAACAUUUACAGGUGCAAACAUAUAUCAGAAACAGGAGCUCAACAGAUGCUAUUAGACACUCAGGCUGUCAAGACAGUACUUAUGGACAUACCUGCUUUAGGGAAAAAGACAACAGUUGCUUCUAGCUAUUCAAAGUUUGUGAACCGUGAAAUGAGUAAAGCUGAAGCACUCUUGAAGGUUAUCUUAUCUCCUAUUGAAUCUGUUGGGGAUACAUAUCGUGCUUUGCUGCCUGAGGGCACACCUCUAGAGUUUCAACGGAUCCUUGAUCUCAAGGGAUUGAAAAAGUCAGAUCAACAAGUGAUAAUGGACGACUUCAACAAACGCGCCCCAGCAAUUAAGCACCCUUCAGUCACACCAACAGUUGUCGUGAACUCAGCCCCACCAACUCCGACGACUUCUUCAACUGUGCCCAUACCGACAGUUCCAGCAACAACCUCAACUGUAGGAGCUGUAGCUUCAGGUGCCACUGCAUUAUCACGAGAAGAUGUGCUAACCCGUGCUGCUGCUCUUGGUCGAGGAGCAGCAACUACCGGUUUCAAGAGGUUUCUUGCCUUGACUGAGGCUGCUAAAGAUCGAAAGGAUGGGCCUUUUAGAAAGCUCUUUAACCCUUAGAUUUUUUAAUGCGUUUUUAAUGUAUUUAGUUAUUUGCUGCCCCUGUAUUAUUCUUUUUAUUCCUUUCUUUUUUUUUCUUUUUUUUUAACCAGCGUAUGAUGUUAUUUAUGACUUUUGGAUUUGCUCUGGUUGGCAAUGUAAAAUGUGUAGGCUUGUAUCCAAAUGUUUUUCCUUGGAUUUCGUGUA